GGUUAGUUGAUUCAUUAUUGUUUUGAAAAAGUAUUACGUUAAAAUUAAUUUAUUGUGUAAUCCGCAUUCGUGCGAUUGACAAAGACAAGUUACCAAUGUCCUCUACGUGAAAGUAUAACUCAGGUAACUAUCGACUUAAACAAUGACUCAGUACUUGCCGCCCAAUUUGCUCGCUCUUUUCAACCCAAGAGAUCCGAUUCCAUAUCUGCCUCCAACUAAUAAGCUACCGUACGAAAAGAAGAACCGAGGCUAUGUCGGCGUAGCGGAUUUCAUAAAGUACUUCGAAGAUCCAAAGGAUACACCACCUCCGGUAAAAGUCGAAACGCGAGAUGAACGUAAAGAACGAAGAAAACGCGAACGAGCCGAACAAGUCGCUUAUAAAUUAGAACAAGAAAUCGCUAUGUGGGAUCCGCAUAAUGUACGUAACGCUACCACCGACGCCUUUAAGACUUUGUUCGUUGCUCGUAUCAAUUACGAUACAUCGGAAUCCAAGUUACGUCGUGAAUUCGAAGUGUACGGCCCAAUCCGUAAAAUAAUCCUAGUUCAAGAUGCUGAUUCUGGUAAAGCUAAAGGAUACGCUUUUAUCGAAUACGAACACGAACGUGACAUGCAUACCGCUUAUAAACACGCCGAUGGUAAAAAAAUCGACGGAAGACGUGUACUUGUAGACGUAGAACGUGGUCGUACCGUCAAAGGUUGGCUACCGAGAAGACUGGGUGGUGGAUUGGGUGGCACUAGACGUGGCGGUGCCGAUGUAAAUCUCAAACAUUCUGGCCGAGAAGAUAACGAAAGAGAACGCGAACGAUAUAGGCUCGAAAGAGAAGAAUCUACCGUACGUGACAGACCUGACAGAAGACGAGGAACAGGAGGAGGUAGCGUCAUCGACGUCGAUCGUGAUCGUCGGAGAUCGCAUCGUAGCAGAAGUCGCGAAAAGCGACGCAGGUCUAGGAGUCGUUCGAGAGAUCAUCGCCGUAGAGAAGACGGCGAAAGGGACAGAAAACGUAAAAGGAGUAGGUCUCGUGAUAGGGAUCGUAAGGAUAAAGAAAACAGAGAUCGUAGGGAUAGGGACAGAGAUAGGGAUAGAGAUCGUGAUAGAGAAAGUAAAAGGGGUAUUAUUGACUCGAAAGAAAAAGUUAGAAUUAAAAUGGAACCUCCUGACGAUUACCCGGAUUAUUCGAAUUUCAAUUAUAAUUACUCCUCUGGCAAUGUAAAGGAGGAAAAAGAGGAAAAACCAGGUUCAGUUUUACAUUCUUCUUCUACUACGCAGGCCGAUAAAUGAGUUAUCGUGAAAAUGUAAAUUUUUAUUCAUUUCUUUACUAUGUAAUGUAUUUUGAAAUUUGGGAACGCAGUUUCAUCGACUACUCAUUCUGAUCUCUUCUCGAGUAUUGCGAAAUACUCGAUUUUAUCGGUCGUAUUUUCGGCCUAUUGUAGAUAUUUAUUAGUGAGGCAAUUUUUGUGGUUUUUUCUGAGUAUUUUAUGAAAUUGCGUUCAAAUUUGUACCAAUGUUUAACUUAUUAUCUUAAUGUAUAUUAUUUAAAACAUUUUGCUUUCGUAUUGCAGUAAGAAUGUGCGGUGUACAAAACGGUUUUACAUUUGCGUAUAUGUAAGUACUGAAUUUUUAAUUCAUCAAAUUGUUUAAUUUUAUGUAGUUAUUACAUAUUUUAAAUUUGAAUCACAAUUUGUAAUUUGAAUUUCAUUCAAGUUACAAAUUGUUCUAAAUUUUCUCAUUUUUGAAAAUGGCCUAAACCAAGAAGUAAGUAAUUGAGAAAGGUAAUGUUUUUAUCGUUCAUUUUUGCUAUUUAUAAAUUUUUUAAUUUUCAACUUGAUUGCCAAAAUUACUGCAAUAAUUUGUUUUCUUAUCAUCAUUGCUACGGUGUAAGUAUGGUAAUGUAUCGAAAGGUUUCGACUACCUAUUCGCAUUUACUGCGGUACGAUGUUCGAAAGUAAGUUGUAAUAAGUAAGCUAAGGAUUUACUGUUGUAGUAUUUUAUGCUCGGCUGCUGUAACGCUGUAUAAAAAGGUAAUAAUCGAUGAUUUGUUAGCAGAAACGGUAAAUACAAAUAAGCAAAAAUGUAGUGUAAUCUUGCAAUAAAGCAACUUUAUUUUUUAAUGUU